UCGCUUCGCCAGUCAUAGAGGAGUUUGGAUAUACAGUAGCCAAUCCACAGGUUAGUUUGGAAGAGUGGGUAGGUCCCAUUGUCAGUACCGGAGGUGGUCUUUGAAUUUCACUGGACGGUGUCAAAUUUCCCUCGGACUCGUAACACUCAGCUAUGGGCAGUGUGUUGGCUGCCAGCUCCCCCAGCCCGGCCCUUGUUCCGGGUGGUGCUGGACAGGGGGGGGCAGGUUUGGUGACAGUCCCUCCAGGGUUCAGCAUGCCACCGGUCUCACCCAUCACUCCGUCCUCUGCUUCUGGCCAGCCAACAGAAGAAACAGAGCCUCCCCUCCCCAACCCUGGAACUUACGAGGAAUGCCAUCGCAAAUGCAAAGAGGUAUUCCCAGUGCAGAUGGAGGGGGUGCGUCUAGUGGUCAACAAGGGUCUGAGUAACCACUUCCAGGUCAGCCAUACAAUCAACCUCAGUACCCUUGGCGAGUCUGGCUACAGGUUUGGUGCCACAUACGUAGGCAGCAAGCAGAUCGGACCUGCGGAGUCCUUCCCUGUCAUGGUGGGAGACAUGGACAACACGGGCAGUCUGAACGCCCAGAUCAUCCACCAGCUCACCACUGGAGUGAGAUCCAAAAUAGCCAUCCAGACUCAACAGCACAAGUUUGUGAAUUGGCAAUGCGACAUGGAGUAUCGCGGAGAAGACUUCACCUCGGCCGUAACCCUUGGCAACCCGGAUGUCCUUGUUGGCUCGGGUAUUCUGGUUGCUCACUACCUCCAGUCCCUCACGCCAGCACUGGCUCUGGGAGGUGAGCUGGUCUACCACAGGAGACCUGGGGAGGAGGGGGCCGUCACCUCCCUCGUGGGCAGGUACACCGGAAACAACUACGUAGCGACGUUGACCCUGGGAGGAGCUGGCGCCCACGCCACGUACUACCACAAAGCCAACGACCAGCUGCAGGUCGGGGUGGAGUUUGAAGCGAGCACACGUACGCAGGAGACCAGCGCAUCGUUUGGCUACCAGUUGGACCUCCAGAAAGCGAAUCUACAGUUUAAAGGCACAGUAGACAGUAACUGGGUGGUGGGGGCCACCUUGGAAAAGAAGCUCGUUCCCCUGCCCCUCUCCCUGGCACUGGGCGCCUUCCUCAACCAUCGCAAGAACAAGUUCCAGUGUGGCUUUAACGUCACCAUCGGCUAGACCGCAGACCACCCCCCCCCCCUCCCCUUUUAGCCACCUCUCCCGACAUCCGCUUGGACCGGCGGUGAGACAGAGGUAGUGACGUUCAACAGAUUCAGAGACUCUCCAAAACUGUGAUUUGUGGGGUAGACGGAGAGAGGAGUCUAGCCUACAUGCCGUAGCAGUGUCUUUCCCUCAUGGUGUGGGAGACCCAGUGACUAGAGAGCAUCAUGAGAUGCAUGUGCUCAUAAUAUCUAUCAAGUGGUUAGACUAAUAUAUAUGGUGAAGUGUAUGUUUAAUGACAAAUAAAUGUGAAUACUUUUGUAUCUUUU